AUGGAGAGAGAGAUUCUGUAUAAGAAUGCUCUUGACGGAAUAUUGAGUGCAAAAUCGGAAUUGCGGGAGAGAGCAAAGAGAUUGAGCAAACACAACAGAACUAUCCUUCACGUCGCAUCCAAGGACGGAAGUAUUAAACAAGUUCAAUAUAUUCUCCAGGAGUUUGCAAAAUACAAUUUUUUGGGCAAAUUAGAUUCAAAUGAAGAAACUGCACUUCAUGUUGCUGCAUCUUAUGGCCACACUGAAGUGGUUAAGGGCCUCAUUGAUGCAGCCCGUUCUUUGCCGCUUACUUCAGCUGAUGAUGAUCCAAUUGCUGGCUUCAGAAAGUUUGUUAGGCAACCGAAUAACAAGAAGAACACAGCUUUACACCUGGCAGUCAGCAAUGGUAAUGUGGAUUGUGCUGAGCUAUUAGUCAAGGCAGAUCCCGAUGAUAGACAUAUCCAGAACGAUGAUGGUUAUACUCCGAUCUACCUGGCUGCCGAAAUGGGGUACAACGAGACAGUUAAGAUGUUCUGUAGAGUAUGCACAACUCCAACUUUCCACGGUCCUGAAGGCACCACUGCUUUGCACGCUGCUAUUAAGAAACUCUCUCAAGCAAAAGAAGAAGAUAGAGAUGUAGUUAAGGCACUCAUUGAAGCAGCAGUAUCUUCAUUUCCUUCGGUUACUGAACGUGAAGCUUUUCUUAGACAACCUGAUAAGAAAAAUAUGGAGACUGCCUUACACCUGGCAGUGGUGGGAGAGCACUUGGACGUGGUUAACCUCAUACUAGAGGCAGAUUCCACAUAUCCACAUGAUGAUAAGAAUAGAAAAUUAAAGACUCCAAUCUACAUAGCGGCGGAGCAGGGGUACACGAAUAUUGUCAAACGACUCUGUAAAACAUCUGAAUUUGGAUACACAACCCUUGGUCCAAAAAAUCAAACAGCUUUGCAUGCUGCUAUCUUAGGACGCGAUGCAGAUUGUGUAACAUGUCUCUUGGAAAGGGCCCCACAUCUUGUAACCUAUGUUGACAAUAGAGGGUGGACACCACUUCACUUUGCAGCAUUUCACAAAUUUGAUUCAAUACUUGAUGAUAUAAUAGACAUGCAAAAAUUUGUUGGGUACGAAUCUCUGUAUGGAGAUAAGGCUCCGACACCACUUUGUGUUGCUGCCCAAGGAGGACAUAUUUCUACAGUGAAAAAACUUAUGACAUCCUUGCCAUCUGUGUCAUGUUCUGAUGUUAACCAUGAUAGCCAAAAUAUAUUGCAUAUUGCAGCGUCUAAAAGUGACAAGGAGAUGGUACAAUGCAUUUUGAAGUGUUGUCCAAAAGACUAUACUUCCAAGAUUCUAAAUCACAAGGAUGUUCAUGGAAAUACACCCCUUCAUGUGCUUAUUGGCAAAGGUUGUUUCGUUUCAGAACUCAUAAAUCACAAGGAUGUUGACACAAUGGCAAGAAACAAGAAAAACUGGACUCCUUUAGACAUGUUAUAUUCCCAAGGUGAAAUCAAAAUGGGGCAGGUAUGUGCUAAAACAAAUUUCUCAUCAUAGUAGCUGUAGUACUAUUUCGUUGUCUAUUCUUUUUAAUUCUUGAAAUGAGUGAAAAUCGAACUCAAAGUCCACUUAUCACUUGGACCUCAUGAAAGUUUAAUAGGCUGUUAUGCUUAAAAAUACAGUAGUUAGCGUGCAGAAGAAGCUGAAUGAAUAUUUUAACUUUUAGGUAAUAGUUCAAUGGAUAACAAAUAUAUAUGUUUCAGUAUUGAUUAUAAUUUUUUAUGAAAUGAGGAGAUGCUUCAUAUUUAAAAUUGUGACUAUUUCUUACUAAAAUGUACUGUAUAAAUCUAAAAUUAUAAUUAGGUAUCUAAUAAUACUCCGACUCUUUUCUAUAGUUACUCCCUCCGUCCCACCAGGAAGUUUACGUGCACUGUUUGCACGCAUUUUGAGGCUCUCGUAAAGUAUAGUUUUAUAAUGUAUUUUUUAGUUUUUAUUUUUUUGAAUUAAAGUUUAAACGUCAAACUUUUUUUGGAGAUUUUUUUUAAAAAUAAAUAUAUAAUAUAAGUAUACUUUAUAGGAGCAUUAAAAUGCGUGCCAAAAAGUAACGUAAAGAACCUGGUGGGACGGAGGGAGUACAAAUUAAGAAAGCAGUUCAUGGUACCCAAGUUGUACAUCCGCGGUGGAAGCUUUGGCGUAAAUUUGGCAUCAGAGGAAAAUCGAAAAUGCAGGAAAGUGAUGUUCCAGACAAUCAGCAUUUAAAGUCUCAGCCUAAAAGUAUCAAGUGGAAAUCUAAUAUUGAAGAAAGUUUAGUGCCUCCAAGCACAAGGUCGAAAAUAGAUGCCAAGUUUAAGAUAGCCAAGGAAGAGUGGAUGAAAAAAGAGCUUGACCUUUAUAGGCAGAGGACUAACACUCAAAUUAUUGUUACUGCACUUAUAGCUACCGUUACAUUUACCGUAGGAUUUACAUUACCGGGUGGCUACCAUCAAAGUAACGAAGAUGAUGGAGGAUUAGCGCUUCUUUCGAAAAAGACAGCCUUCUGUGCAUUCAUGAUAACUGACGCGUUAGGUCUGGCACUAUCGACAUCUUCUCUAUUUCUCUAUUUCAUUUCAUCUAUGUAUGAUGAUCCCCGAAAAGUGUCAAAACUCAACACUGCAUCAACAGUGCUGAACAUAUUUUCUAUAAUUGCUAUGAUGUUGACCUUUCUGACAGGCACAUAUGUCGUCCUAUCCAAAACACCAGCCCUGGCCAUUUCCGUUUGCGUCAUAAUUAGCUUAUUCUUGUUGUCGAGUAUUUUCAAGAGUAUCGUUCGCAGGGAAGGAUCAUAUCAAUACAAAUUUCGAGUCUUUUAUCUCUUGUAAUUCAGAAGUGUGGAGAAGAAUUUGGUGGGUUUUAUCUAUCAACUAAUUAAUAUAAUAAAUAAAUAAAUAUAAUAAAUAUGAGAGAAAACAACCCAAGAAUUAGAGUUCUUCAAUGGCUAUCAUGAAUGUCUAAUUUGUGUCUCUUGUUCGCUAAAAACAAUCCUUCUAAUAUUUAUAAAAUCCUCUCCCAAGGUAGAUUAUAAUGCCUACAAUUAUCCCUUAAAAGCCAUUCCCAUGGUCAAUCAAAGUACAAUUAUAAACUAUUAAGAACCAAGGAUUUUAAGUCUCACAAUUUUCAUAUCAAUCUCCCGAUCAAAUACUCAAAUUGUGUCCAUCAUAUCAUGUACUAGAAUUAUAACUCCUCUCCCGAUUCGUUAUAACUCCUACAGAUUCAAUUAAAAGUUAGCUACUCCUGUAAUUGUAUAAAGCGCUCAAUGACAGAUUAACAAAUCAAGAGAAAACACAAUCUAACUAAACAAACAUAAUAAGUCAAAGAAUACUACCCAACUCUUGGAUUAAGGAAUUAGCUACUCAUGAUAAGAUGAAACAAAUAUGUAUUUAUACCACAGAUCAAGAGUGUAAGAUUAUAAGUACGAAGAAUACAACUUGAUGAAAGUGCUCGAAGUCCGGAUGAAUCCCUUCACUCCUUCUGCCAAAAUCUCUCACAAGUGUUUCUCUCCCUUUUUUCUCUAAAAGGCUAUCUCUAUAUUAUUCUAUUUGAUACAAAGUUAGUUGUCUCUAAUCUCUAUCAAAACCCUAAUAUAUAUAAGAGUUUUCUUAAUUUACAAGAAAAUAAAAUAAUAUCCUAAAGCGAGUUGGAUUCUGAUGCUGAAAUUCGUAGGCUGCUGUUCAGGCCUGAUUCUGGGCUGAUCCAGUUAGAUUUUGAUAUCUGGACCACCUUAAACUUGUAGAGAAUUUCAAUAUCUUCGCGUGGGCUGUUAAAUCGCCCAAUUCUGACGCCCGGAACUCAAGUUAUGGCCCAAACAAGAUUUGCUUCGCUGGCUAUCCAUAAAGUCCGAAUUUCCAUCUGAUUAAGCCCAAAUAAGCUUGAUUUAAUCCAACUUUAGGAAUAUUUAUUUUCCUGAAAUUAAACACUUAAAAUCAAUUAGUAACAUCCCGAUUAUUUACAAAAUACUAAAAUUAUGGGAAUAAAAUCAUAUAAAAACAUAUAUAAAUAUAUGCUUUAUCAAAUAUCCCCACACUUACUCUUUUGCACGUCCUCGGGCAAAUAAAAUAAAUAACACUAACACCUAAUAGAUAUAUACCACUUCCGUAGGUGAUCACGGUUGCAUUUGGCAUAUGCAACAAGCCCUUUAAACCCCUAGGCAGCCCUAGUGGACGAGUAAGGUCUCGUGAGGGCCUAUAGCGAAUGUACCCACAAAAUCCAUCUAGCUCAUGUAAUAAUAAUAUAGAUGACCACAAGAACACAAGCAUGGAGUGCAACUACAUGAAUGCAACUAAUAAAUGAAUAUGUAUGGAUCCCAAUAAUAAUAGUAUAUUCCAAGUCAGUGAUAACCAUCAGAAUAUGCAACAAGUUUAGACACAUCAAGCUCACACCGCAAUAAAACCACUGAGUGAAUACAAGUACAGAUUGUGCGUGUGUGCUUAGCUUAACAACAUGCUCUUCUCUGAAUUAAGAACAAAGACACACCAGUUUCAACAUGACAAGUCAUGCGAGUUAAUAGCUCCCAAGUUGAGUACUAGAAUAAAUCUUAAACACUUUGUUACUUAGAACUAGCUAUCAUUCAAGUUUACAAGGGAUUUCCACGUCUUCUUUUUAUUUCUAUAAUACUACUAUAUAUAAUUCUUUUUUUUUUCCACAUGAUCGGUCUAAGAUUGGGACGCUCCUCAGGGUAAGUGAGUUACGACCACCAAAAGACUUCACAAGCUCAUUUUUCUUUUCUUCUUUUUUUGUUUUUUUUUUCAAGUCAAGUAAUUCUCCAGUAAUCAAGGAUAAUGAAAAGUCACCAAGAAAAUUAUAUUUCUAGUACAAUUGCACUUAAUACCAGCACAAAUACAUGGAUCGUCCCUUUCAUUUUCGACACCCAUUGAUCUCAAAGGAGUACUUGAUACUUUAUUUUCUACCUCUUUUUUUUUUUUUUGGAGAAAACAUUUACACUCCACAAUCACCUCGAACUCAAGCAUUUACGUACUAAGCUCAAAAGAGAAUAGUCAAAAUUCUAAUCAUCAACAAGCGGCUACCCCUCAAGAAGCAAGUAUAUCUAAGUCUCAAUUCGAUAUUUAAGAGCAUAAUAAGCUUGUGUCAAUAAAUAAGCUCUGCACUAUUGACACUACGCAUGUAACAUCGCUAAUAUGUGAUCAUAGCAAGAAUUAAUCAAAAACAAGUCACAUAUAGUAUUAUCAUAGGUUACUAACUUGGACUAUUAUAUGGGAUCAUGCUAUGUUAUGCUAUGCAAUGAAACAUGUUAUGCAACUAUAUGAACUAAUGUAUGCAAUGUAUGAGUAUUUAUCCUAGCAUGAUAUCAUCAUCUAACUAUUUUACAAGGCUAGAAUUAUUUUUGAUUUUUAAAUUUAUAAUUUUGUUUGUCUUUUUUUUAAUAUUAUAACAUACUAUUGAGAACACACACAUCCCCACACUUAAAUGAGUCAAUGUCCUCAAUGACACACUAAUACUCCUCCUAUAAAUAAAAGAAAAUUAAGAAUACUCCCCUAUGCAUAUGCAUGAAGUGUCGUUUGAAAAAUAAGCGAAGUGUGUUGCCUCUAAGUCGAUGCACCACGGGCACCUUAACCAUGCCCAUGGUGCAAAUCAUUCUGCCCGGACUUCAUAAACUGACCUUCUGGACCUCAAAAUCCGAUCUCCACCGUUCAGAAUUUAGAUAAUGGAGUCAGGAAGAUUCUGUCCAAAAUUGAGGACGAUCCGACCGUUGGAACUCCGGGAAACUAAAAAACAAGGCAGCUGAUGUAACCAGAAAAAUUGCUGCGAAUUUUUUUAUUUCAGCACCUGUAACAACCACUUCAAACAGAAACAUCAAGGUAACUUGUGGGAGUGAAUAUGAAUCAUAUUAUACCUAAUAUAAUAAUCAUGGGUUGCCUCCCAAGAAGCGCUUGUUUAUUGUCAUUAGCUUGACUUAUUAAUACAAGUAGCAAAACUAAUGUGGUGAAAAAGCAAAUAAAUGCACAUACCUACGAAUCUUUAUUACAAUCAUAAUGUGCAAAUAAACCUUUAAUUCAUUAAAUUUUAAGAAAAAAUUUAUGAACCUCACAUGCUCAAGAGACCUGAAAGAAUCAAAGUAGCUAGAAAAGUCGUCAGAAUAAUCAUCAUAAAUAUGACUCAUAAACUCCUCCCAAAUUGGAUCCUUAUACUCCAAAUCAAAAUCAUCAAGUAUCACAUUCUUCUCAAGUAUAAUUGGACACUCAUCAAUUUUUAUCUCAUCUACCAAUUCGUUGAGCACAACAUUAUCUUCUAAAUUUGAUAGAUUUUCAGCUACAUCCAAUUUAUCACUUUCAAGCAAGGGACAAUUGUCAUCUAAACAAGUAGAUUCAUCAGACACUAAAUUUUCAUCAGUUGCUAGAUAAGUAUCAUGACAAAGUGGGAAAUCGACACAAGGAGGAAUCCUAAAACAACCAUUAUGCAUCACAAGUUGAACGUCCAUAAUAAACGUAUUUCUUUUAGCAUUCUCCUCGUACCAACUUAUCGAAUCUUGACAUAUUAUAUCAAUCUUAUUAGCAACCUCAAAUUUUGGUUGAUCAAUAUGUGCAAAAAGUCCCAUAGACAUUAAAGAAGAAUUGUAAUGAAUUAAGCUUCUAUCAACAUCAUAACAUGGAUAAGGAUCAUAAAAUUGAUUUUCAGAUGCAUAUGAAAAAUCAGUGUUAGGUGGGUAUGGAGGAUAAUAUGAGUUGCAACAAUCAAACGAUUUCACCUGAUACGCAUUAAAAUUCUGAAAAGAAUUAUAAUCUUGAUAUCGUUCUUGAUCAUUGUUGAAAUUCUGAGCGUUAUUCCAACCAAAAUUGUAAUCCAUGACGUCUCUUUAGCUCGCACUCUUUUUGUAUCUACCUCAAAGAACCUGUAGACACACCAAAAACAACAAAAGAAGGAAAAAUAAUAAUAUACAACAAUAAAAUCUAAACCACAAGAAACAAUUAACCUAAAAUCAGUAUUGCUGCCUUCCCCGGCAGCGGCGCCAAUUUGUUGUCGAGUAUUUUCAAGAGUAUCGUUCGCAGGGAAGGACUGAUAUCAAUACAAAUUUCGAGUCUUUUAUCUCUUGUAAUUCAGAAGUGUGGAGAAGAAUUUGGUGGGUUUUAUCUAUCAACUAAUUAAUAUAAUAAAUAAAUAAAUAUAAUAAAUAUGAGAGAAAACAACCCAAGAAUUAGAGUUCUUCAAUGGCUAUCAUGAAUGUCUAAUUUGUGUCUCUUGUUCGCUAAAAACAAUCCUUCUAAUAUUUAUAAAAUCCUCUCCCAAGGUAGAUUAUAAUGCCUACAAUUAUCCCUUAAAAGCCAUUCCCAUGGUCAAUCAAAGUACAAUUAUAAACUAUUAAGAACCAAGGAUUUUAAGUCUCACAAUUUUCAUAUCAAUCUCCCGAUCAAAUACUCAAAUUGUGUCCAUCAUAUCAUGUACUAGAAUUAUAACUCCUCUCCCGAUUCGUUAUAACUCCUACAGAUUCAAUUAAAAGUUAGCUACUCCUGUAAUUGUAUAAAGCGCUCAAUGACAGAUUAACAAAUCAAGAGAAAACACAAUCUAACUAAACAAACAUAAUAAGUCAAAGAAUACUACCCAACUCUUGGAUUAAGGAAUUAGCUACUCAUGAUAAGAUGAAACAAAUAUGUAUUUAUACCACAGAUCAAGAGUGUAAGAUUAUAAGUACGAAGAAUACAACUUGAUGAAAGUGCUCGAAGUCCGGAUGAAUCCCUUCACUCCUUCUGCCAAAAUCUCUCACAAGUGUUUCUCUCCCUUUUUUCUCUAAAAGGCUAUCUCUAUAUUAUUCUAUUUGAUACAAAGUUAGUUGUCUCUAAUCUCUAUCAAAACCCUAAUAUAUAUAAGAGUUUUCUUAAUUUACAAGAAAAUAAAAUAAUAUCCUAAAGCGAGUUGGAUUCUGAUGCUGAAAUUCGUAGGCUGCUGUUCAGGCCUGAUUCUGGGCUGAUCCAGUUAGAUUUUGAUAUCUGGACCACCUUAAACUUGUAGAGAAUUUCAAUAUCUUCGCGUGGGCUGUUAAAUCGCCCAAUUCUGACGCCCGGAACUCAAGUUAUGGCCCAAACAAGAUUUGCUUCGCUGGCUAUCCAUAAAGUCCGAAUUUCCAUCUGAUUAAGCCCAAAUAAGCUUGAUUUAAUCCAACUUUAGGAAUAUUUAUUUUCCUGAAAUUAAACACUUAAAAUCAAUUAGUAACAUCCCGAUUAUUUACAAAAUACUAAAAUUAUGGGAAUAAAAUCAUAUAAAAACAUAUAUAAAUAUAUGCUCUAUCAAUUCUUUCUUCUCGUAAUAAUUUUAUCUGGCCAGAUGGCAUAUGAUCAUAAGGAUCGCAAAAGAGAAAGGAUUGAAGUGUAUGUCAAUUCUUAUUUCCUACUGUUUGAUGUAUUCUCAAUUUCAAGACAAUGUAUCGUUGAUAACAUUUUAAGAGACAUGGCCAUUUGUAAUUUAUUUGUGAACAGAUGAGGUGUUUUCUUUUUUCCAUGUA